AUGGCAUCCUUGGAACCAGACCUCGCUGGGUCCCUGAACCGGGACCAAGCCCAGACUUACAGCACCGGUGGAAGCUCCGUGCCCCCGCAGCGCCCCGGCACCCGGGAUCAGACCUACCUGGACGAGCUCAUCAGCAUCCCCAAGGGCAGAGGGCCCGGUUUCAGCUUUAGGAAACUCUGGGCUUUCACCGGUCCCGGUUUCCUUAUGAGCAUCGCCUACCUGGACCCAGGCAACGUGGAGUCGGACCUGCAGUGUGGGGCGGUGGCGGGGUUCAAGAUGGGGCUGGGGGUGGUGACGGGGAAGGACCUGGGCGAGAUUUGCUACCUCUAUUACCCCAAGGUCCCCCGUGUGCUGCUCUGGCUCAUGAUCGAGAUCGCCAUCAUCGGCUCCGACAUGCAGGAGGUGAUCGGGACAGCCAUCGCCUUCAGCCUGCUCUCAGCUGGCAGCAUCCCCCUCUGGGGUGGAGUCCUCAUCACCAUCGUGGACACCCUCUUCUUCCUCUUCCUUGACAAGUACGGGCUCCGCAAACUGGAGGCUUUCUUCGGCCUCCUCAUCACCAUCAUGGCCCUGACCUUUGGCUACGAGUAUGUGGUGGUGAGGCCAGGGCAGGUGGAGGUGCUGAAGGGCAUUUUCCUGCCCUACUGCCCCGGCUGCGGGCGAGAGGAGCUGCUCCAGGCCGUGGGCAUCGUCGGCGCCAUCAUUAUGCCCCAUAACAUCUUCCUCCACUCUUCCUUGGUCAAGACAAGGGCAAUCGACCGGUCCAAGAAGGAGGCAGUGCAGGAGGCCAACAUGUAUUUCCUGACCGAGUCCUGCCUGGCCCUCUUCGUCUCCUUCCUCAUCAACCUCUUCGUCAUGGCUGUCUUUGGCGAGGCUUUCUACCGCCAGCGCAACGAGGACGUGCACAAGAAGUGCGUCAACAGCAGCGUCAGCCGCUACGCCAACAUCUUCCCCACCAACAACGAGACUGUCUCUGUGGAUAUCUACCAGGGGGGUGUCAUCCUAGGCUGCUAUUUUGGGGCGGUGGCUCUGUACAUCUGGGCCGUCGGGAUCCUGGCGGCAGGGCAGAGCUCCACCAUGACCGGGACCUACGCGGGGCAAUUCGUCAUGGAGGGCUUCCUGCAGCUCCGCUGGUCCCGCUUCGCCCGGGUGCUCUUCACCCGCUCCUUUGCCAUCCUGCCCACUGUUUUCGUGGCUGCCUUCAAGGAUGUCAGCCACCUCACGGGCAUGAACGACCUGCUCAACGUCCUCCAGAGCAUCCUGCUGCCCUUCGCCGUCCUGCCCUUCCUCACCUUCACCAGCCUGCGCCCGCUCAUGCAGGACUUCACCAACGGCCUCCCAGGGAAGGUGCUGAUGACCCUCAUCACGGGGCUGGUCUGCGCUAUCAACGUCUACUUCGUGGUGGACUUUCUGCCCACGCUGCAGGGCCUGGGGUACCACAUCCCCCUGGGCCUGCUGCUGGUUGUCUACGUGGCCUUCAUCGCUUACCUGAUCUGGACGUGCAGCAUCGCACACGGAGCCCAGUUCCUGGCCCGGGGCCACCACAGCAGGUUCAGU